UUAAAGAUCGCAUGGCUGCUGCAAUAGCUACAUACAACGAGGCUCUACUUAUAAACAUAUCGGCGUGGCACCUGUCUUUCUCGUAACAUCCUUCAAAACACAACAUCAACGUUACCACAAUGCGUCUACUACUUCCGCUUCUUAUGGUCCUUGGGGCUUCCGAAACAUUUGCACUUCUGGAUCUUACAAAAACGGUCUCGUCAACAACAUUAACGAGCCAAGCCUGUGUGACAGGGUCCAAGUCAACCAAAGCAAAAGGCGCUCUCCCAACAUCUACCGUUAUAUCGACCAGGAAAACUCCAAAGCUCAAGGUCACCUACAAAAACUCGACCCCAGUUGUGACAUAUACUGCAAAGCCCAUUACCAAGACAGUAACGAGUGUUGGCACCUCUGUCACGACUAAGACAGACUCCGCUGUCACAGAUACCUACAGUACCACAUUGACCCUGUCAAGUACUAUCACAUCGAUUGCAACUACGACAACUGUUUUCACCAGCACAGAUUCAAUUUCUACAACCACUACAUCCACCGUAACCAUUCCUACGCCCGCUGGCUACGUCCCCAUCCAGCAGUCAUCGGGAGAGACGAACUAUCCGGUUCAAGCUAAGGCUCGAAGCAUUGGUCAUCCGCAUGAUGUCGCUAAGAGGGAUGCCAAGUUCUGCAAGAACGCUCCUGUCAUGUACCCCUUCAGCGUAACAUGCACAAAAUACAUCCAAGUUGAAUACACGAUUGAAAUCAUCAAAACCAAGCCCACGUCGACUACCACUGUUGUUCCGAAAGCCUCAACCAUGACCUCAACCUCGAUCAGUAUUAGCACGACGACUAUCAUGCCCCGAGCCUCUACCACACAAACCUUCUCAGUCACCUCUCUCAUCACCACAUCCACUACCUUGACUGAGAGCAGCACUGUUACCACCACAAGCACUGUCGUCGUGCAGAGCCCGGGUCCCACGGUGCUCGCCGCCUGCCAAGACUACAUCUUGGGCCCUCGUGUCGCAAGUGGCAAGUACGCCUACAAUUACGACACCUCGGCUGCCAAUCCCACCUACCUAACCCCAGCCGUAGCCAACGGCUACGAAUGCUGUGUCGCCUGCUUCAAUAACCCAAACUGUCUGGUUGGCGCAUAUUCGACUACGGCCAACGUCUGUGUAGUUACUGUUGGAACUACGUGCCCGGCUAGUCAACCGUUGGCCGGCUAUUUCACGGAGACGACAGGCCAAAAUCAGUUCAAUGCCCAGUACUGGAACGGUCCUUGCGGAAGUUGGGCAUAUAACAGUGCUGAAUAAGGCGCGAUAGAUCUGUCAUCUAGCCAUCUUUAAUUGUAAUCCAU